AUGCCUGCUCACAACCCCACCGGUUUCGACGUCAACGAGUUCAAGGCCGCCGCUCACCCUCGGUCGGUCUACGCUAAGAGGUCCCCUUGGACCCGAUAUGAGGCGUGGCGAUACACCGGCCCCUUCAGCCGAUUCAACCGAUUCAAGCGUAUCUUCCCGGGCUUCGGCAUCGCCAGCGUUGCUUUCGCGGGCUACUGCGCCUACGAGGCUGCUUUCCUCAAGGACGACCACCACCACGGCGAUAACCACCACUGA